CAACAACCAAAGAAGAAGAAGUGUUGCGCGGUCUGAUUUGAAUCCCGGAAGAAGAUCCGUCUGUUUCACCACCAUGUCUCAAGGAAGUAAAUUUCAGGAUUUGGAGGAGAUGGCCGAGACCUUGGUGACCUUCAUCAACAGUGGACAGCUGGAGCAGCUGAGACGAGUUAAAGAUAAACACCAGGCUCUUUCUGACCAACAUUUAGAGACCAAAAAGAUCGUCACACAGAUUUUAAAAGAUGUGGCUCAGAUCGAGGAGAGUGCCGGUCAGAGGCUGCUGGACAUGGAGGAGGAGAAGAAGCAGAGAGAGAUGGAGCUGGACGGUCUGGAGGAGCAGCUGAGGCAGUGCUCAGCCAAGAACCAGAUCACAGAGUCAGAGCUACAAUUCCUGCAGAGAGAGUUUGAGAGUCUGAGAAACGCUGAACAUGAGCUGCAGACUCUGCAGGACGAGGUGGACGAAGACACCACGGAGGUCAUCCCCUCUGCUGUGUACGUGGCAAAGGUGUACUACCUGAUAACAAAGAUCAAGUGGGAAUAUGACACGCAGCCCAACAUCUUAAGGGGAGUUCAUUACGGUGCAGAUUUAGCCACGCCCAUCAACAUCGACACGUCUGUGCGGUCUCGGAGUGACAUCAGCGACCAGCUGUGGGGCUUCGUCAGCACAGAAUGGUAGAUCAUGGAGGGUGGCGGUGAAGUGCAGAGGCGCUGUGUAUAUUUGUUUGUUUGUAGACAUGUUUGUUAGUUUUUUUUGUCCUCCAUAACACUUACACUGUUUUUAAUAUUAAAUAUCUCACAUAUGUCAUUAAGA